UAGUGGGCUGCAAAGUUUCGCUGCGCGAGUCAGCCGAGGCAGCGCGCCGGCUCGGGCUGGUUUCGGCUCUGCGCGGCUCCGGACGGUCGUGACCGCUGGCCAGGAGCUUGGGCUGCCCCGACCGACCGACCGACCGCGCGCCCAGCUGUCCGCCCCGCUCCGCCCCUGGCCUUGCGCGGAUCCUGGUACCUGGCGCCCUCGGCUCCCUGGGCUCCCCGUGCGCCCUCCGGUGCGCCCGUGCUCUCCCUUCUCCGCCUGGCUUCCGCCCUCUCCCCGCCAUGGCUUGUGGCCCCGCUCGGACCAGCCACGGGCCGGGGCUCCAGCUGCUCUUGCCGCUGCUUUUGCUGCUGCUCCGGGACGCUGACGGCAGCCACACAGCCCCUGCCUGGUCCGCACAGUCCGCGGCUGCCGACGGCCUCCUGGGCGACAAGCACCCACAGCGGCCCUUGGGGGAUGCGGCCGCCACACUGGGCCCUGGCGCCCAGGACAUGGUCGCUGUCCACAUGCUCAGGCUCUAUGAGAAGUACAGCCGGCGGGGCGCGCGGCCGGGAGGCGGCAACACGGUCCGCAGCUUCCGGGCCAAGCUGGAAGUGGCUGACCAGAAGGCCAUGUAUUUCUUCAACCUGACUUCUAUGCAGGACUCGGAAGUGAUUCUUACGGCCACCUUCCACUUCUACUCGGAGCCACCGAGGUGGCCCAGAGCACGUGAGAUGCUGUGCAAGUCCCGGGCCAAGAACGCCUCGUGCCGCCUGCUGUCCCCGGGCCCACCGGCGCGCCAGCACCUGCUGUUCCGCAGCUUGUCACAGAACACCGCCACACAAGGGCUGCUCCGCGGGGCCAUGGCUGUGGCACCACCACCGCGCGCCCUGUGGCAGGCCAAGGACAUCUCCCACAUCGUCAAGGCGGCACGCCGGGACGGUGAGCUGCUCCUCUCUGCCCAGCUGGAUUCUGAGGAGAGGGACCCAGGGGUGCCCAGGUCCGGCCCCCACGCACCCUACGUCCUCGUCUACGCCAACGAUCUGGCCAUCUCAGAGCCCAACAGCGUGGCGGUGACAUUGCAGAGAUACGACCCCUUCCCGGCUGGAGACCCGGAGCCCCGCACAGCCCCCAACAUCUCGGCAGACCCCCGCGUGCGCCGGGCCGCACAGGCCACCAGCCCCCUCCAGGACAAUGAGCUGCCAGGGCUGGACGAGAGGCCGGCGCGCACACCCCACGUGCAGCACUACCACAAACACGAGUUGUGGCCAAGCCCCUUCCGGGCACUGAAGCCCCGGCCUGGCCGCAAAGACCGCAGGAGGAAGGGCCAGGACGUGUUCAUGGCCUCCUCCCAGGUGCUGGACUUCGACGAGAAGACGAUGCAGAAAGCCCGGAGGAAGCAGUGGGAUGAGCCCAGGGUGUGCUCCCGGAGGUACCUGAAGGUGGACUUCGCGGACAUCGGCUGGAAUGAGUGGAUCAUCUCGCCCAAAUCCUUUGACGCCUACUACUGCGCCGGCGCCUGCGAGUUCCCCAUGCCCAAGAUCGUCCGCCCAUCCAACCACGCCACCAUCCAGAGUAUUGUCAGAGCGGUGGGCAUUGUCCCUGGAAUCCCAGAGCCCUGCUGUGUCCCUGACAAGAUGAACUCCCUUGGGGUCCUUUUCCUGGAUGAAAACCGGAAUGUGGUUCUGAAGGUAUACCCCAACAUGUCUGUGGAAACCUGUGCCUGCCGGUAGGACAGCUGCAGGGUAGAAAGAAGCUUCUGCCUCACCCCAGCAGAUCUUCAUUCUCUGAGCCUUCUGGAUCCAGGACUUGACCAGGGGUGCAGCUGCAGACACAGGGCUCUAGAGAUUACAGGCAAUGCUACUGGGGCCCAGGAAGAUCUGGAAUGUCAUUCUGGGAUCUUUCAGGAAUCUGGGAAUUAGCCCUGGCCUGAAGGUUACCUUUCAUUCAUACCCACAAUACCCACUGUUCUCAAGACCUGAAAACAGAACAUGUCCAGAGGGUUGGCUUGAUGUGAUAGCAUCUUAUAACCAAGGAAGAAGACUAUGCAAAUCUUAGGGCAUGCUCUCCUUCACAUGGAAAGGACCUCUGUUUAAAUGUUUGGUUUAAAACCUUUGGGCCACAUAGUUAUCCUUGAAAACUGGAUAAUAAUGGUAUUAAUGGGUAUUUUCUUUCAAACUCCACUGAAAAAGCUUUUAUACAUACAGUAUGCACAUAUAACCAAUGUUGGUUUCUUUUUCUUAAUAUAUAUUUUAUUUUAAAACAACAAAAAAGGAGGGAUUUGACCGCAUUCCUCCCAGAGAUAAUCAUGCUGAGUAAGUGUGGGUUGUUGAAACGUGCGUAUUGAAAUAACACUUGCAGUAAUAUGUUGGAAUACUAAAAAAUAACCAAGAUUUUAUAUUUUUGUAAAUUAUACUUUCUAUAUUGUAGAUUGUGUAUGUUGUGUGUUUUUUGGAAAGCUAAUAAAUUAAAGGUACAGUGGUAUCUUGAAAAACUGAC